AUGCUCAAAGAGGCUCUCGAGCUCGGCAUCUUGAACGAGAGGACAGAAGCGAUUUGGAGAAAAUCCCUUCUCGAGAUGGCGUACCAUGAAGCUGUACGGAAAGUUCAGUUUCCUAAGCGAUUGCAAAGAGAGCUAGGCGAGAGGGAUUCCGAUCUGGAGGCCUCAGGAGAGGAGUACGAGGACGACAAGAAUUCAUUCUCCAACACCAUACUCCCAGCGCUACGUACAAACAGUAUUCAAGUCAGCCAAUAUACCAAGACGGGCAGUGGGAUUAGUAGUCUCAAGGAGGAGGAGAAGGAGGAACGUCUACCAAUACAGCAGAGCAAGCAUGAUGAUGGCCACGAUAGCCACGAGGAGAAGAAGGAGAAGGAACGUCUACUAAUAGAGCAGAGCAAGUAUGACGAUGGCUACGAGGAUACUGACAAGGAUAAGGGCACUGAUAAUGGCGAAGGGGAGACGCUUACGCUCACGCCCAAGCUCUCCAAGCUGAGCCUCAAGGGAAGCUACCGCAAGCUCAAGGAGGUGUCGGGCAAGUUCAAGCGGUCUCGAGUUGGGUCGUUAUUCCAAAAUUUAAGGGACGAGGGGUGGGUCGGAGAACAGGAGUACUAG